UGUCAACUGAUUUGUAUAAAUAGUAGGUAUUUGCACAGGAAAAAUGGGGAAAGCGCCAGAACUGGACGACAAGUACGACAUGGCCAAGUGCCAAAUGUACAACGAGAAGAACUCGUUUGCCUUUUGGAUUGUGAUUAUUUUGCUUUUCUCGCUGGCUCUGGGCAAUCUGUGUCUCACCCUUACCAUUACCGGGAUCCUGAAGAUCUACAAGGGCAUGGAGAACAUUGAGCUGAUCCAGGGCGAGGAAACGGUCAAAUUUUUCGGGAACAUUGAUUUCGACAGAAUCUACAAGCGGGAUGGGAAGCUGGAAGGUUUUCAUGACGAACCUAUGGAAAUCAGUGGUGAAAAUGCUCCCGUAUCGAUCAAUCUAGUGAACCGAAAUGGGCAUUCGCACAACAAGAUUCACCUCUCCAAGAACGGCAGCGUUCUGAAGGGUUUGAAUCACUUCGAGGUGAAGGAUGCCGUGACGGGGCGUCAGAUUUUCUCAACAUCCCGACCGUCUUACAACAUGCCGGAAGGGGCCAUGAUGUUGCAUACAAACCUGGUGAACGCCGGCAGGAUUGCGUCCCCUAUAAAUGAUACGCUCAAAUUUCAAACACGUAACAAGUUCACCCUCAAGGGAACCGAAGGGACGCGGCUGGAAGCGAAGGAGAUAUUCUGGACUGCAGAUCAAAACAUUUUCCUUAAGUCAGAUAACGGUAGCAUGGUGAUUACCGGUGCAAAUGGGGUGUACAUUAAUGUGAACAGUAUUCCGAUCGUUCAGAAUGAACACGGAUCGCGCACCGGAAGCGGCCAGUAUAAGCUGUGUGUUUGUUAUCCGCAAGGUAGGAUUUUCCGGAUUCCGGUUCCAAAGUCGCACAACAUGAGAGUAAAUUGCGCCCGCUUUAGCGGAUGGAGCGAUCCCUGUGCUUAAAAUCGAGUCGAUAGGUGCAACAGCUAGUAUUUUUCAUUAGUUGUAGAUUAUUUCGCAUUGCGCAAUUCGUUUUCAACAUAUCAUACUCCUUCAAGUAAGCAAUAUCCAUAUGUAACUAACCGACCAUUCGUGGAACAAACCGAAUAAUAAAUCAAAACAUUUAA